UGUGUGAUGCAACGCAGCGGCCACAAGCGCAACUUUACGCACCAGCGGGAAGAGAAAGAAGAGGAGAGAAGCGGCCGAACUUACGAGAGGAGGGUUUCUUUGCUGCCGUGUUUUCCUCACAUCCAGAACAUCUGACACAGUCAUUCAAAGCUUUAACAGAAUGAUGCUGCAGCACUCGGGUCCUUCGCUGGCUGAUAUCAGCUGCUCCGCCAUGGUCCCCUGCCUGUCCCCGCCGGGCACGCUCACCCUGGACGACUUCACCAACUUCACGCCCAUCGUGAAAGAGGAGCUGCGCCUCGCCAUCCAGAACAAGCGGCUGUCCAACGGGCUCAGCCCCGACAUGAGCUCGGACGGUGCCAGCUCCAGCUCGGACCGAGCGUACGAGCACCCCGCCGGCGGGUCGGGAGGCAGGAGAGAGUUGACACCUCAGGAGUGUGAGAGGAGGAAGAGGAGGAGGGAGAGGAACAAGGUCGCUGCUGCCAAGUGUCGCAACAAGAAGAAGGAGAAGACAGAGUGUCUGCAGAAGGAGUCGGAGAAGCUCGAGACGGUUAACGCCGACCUGAAGGCUCAGAUCGAGGAGCUGAAGCAGCAGAAGCAGCAGCUCGUCUACAUGCUCAACCUGCACCGGCCGACCUGCAUCGUCCGGGCCCAGAACGGCCAGACGCCCGAGGAUGAGAGGAACCUCUUCAUCCAGCACAUCAAGGAGAGCGCCUUACAACUCCACAACCUCACCUCCUCUGCCGCGUCCACAUCCACAUCGACCACCUCCUUGUCCACGUCCACGUUAGCACCUCUAGACGGAGGAUUUCUGACCCUCGACCACAUUCAGUGUCCCAGUCACCUCUGAGGUGCGUUCUAAGACCGCUGGAGGCCGGCGGAGCGGCGACAGAGACUCGUGACCUGAGAAUGACAGUGACGCACGACAGACGCCACCUUAGGACGACUCCUCGAUCUCACUCACAAAGCUGCUAGAGAGAGAGCGAGCAUGGCAUAAAGUGACCAUUGCACCUCCAACUCCCCCGAAGCUGCUGACUGGACAGGAAGUGACACAACAUGGACAUCACCUUGACACGCAUCCUGUGUUUUCUUUUUCAACAGUCAGGGCCAAGGACGGAUGCUAAAGCACUAGAAGACAAAAGAAAAGCAUAAUUUUCUUUUUUUUCUUCUUUUUUUUUUAAAAAUGUACUGGUAUUUGAAAUAGAUGAGAGUCUGAUUUAUUGAUUUUUGUACCAAAGGUGAUCAAGGCACAUAGUCUUGGAAGUAGACACAGAUUGACCGUGUGAGUGUGUACAGAGUGUGUUUGACCUGCGAGUCACUGACUUUAAAAAAAAAAGAUGUUUGUGCUUCAUUUAUCAAAAAGUAUUUAUUCAGUACUACUGUAUGACAUGUUAUUGCUGUACCUGACCCUGUCUGCUUGUCCUUUAGCCAACGUGAAAACUUGCUGCUGCUAACCACUCAGGACCGACGCUAAAUGUAGAUUCAACUGUUUUGUUGUUGUUGUUGUUGUUUUUUUGUUUUUUUUUAGGUUGUUUGCUAUCAGUCAUGGCAGAAGUAGCGGUCACCAAAAGGGAAAUACACGUCGCAGGCAGGGUUUUAAAUUCUGCACUUAAUGAGAAAAACUUAUGAAAAACUAUCGUAGAACUGCGUAUGCAGACAUUACUUUUCUUUUCUUCAUAAUUUGCAGUUUGCUGGCAAGUAAAAUUGUGCCCAAAUAAUAUUGUAUACAAUUUUUAAGUACACUAUAUUUAUCACUGCGUUCCCUCUUAAGUUAAACAGAACUAGUGGUGUUUUUUUUUUGUUGUUCUUGUUUUUUACAUCCUCUGUGACGAUGAAGCUUCACAUGUACGAGUGUUAUUUUUUUCAGAAAUGUUGUUUUAUACAUAAAAAAAUAUUGUAUUGACUGCGCAUAAACUCUGUGCUACUGUAUGUAAACACCAGAUGCCUCCCUUUUGGUCUUGACAGAGCAAAAACAUAAAAAAAAAAAAGAUUGUUAUUUUUAAAAACGGACGGCUGAUAACUCGUGGUUUGAAAGUUGUGUUCACUAAGAUAUCGUUAGCUAGGUAUCAACGGUGUUGCGUCUGCUUUCGGCUGGUCCUUUAACACAGAUGGCUCUGAAGUUAUGGAACAUGAUGUAAUAUUACGGCGGUGUGUUAUGAACUUUAUCGGUAUCCAGGCCUCAGCUCACUGCCAAAUAUUUCCCCCUGCUCUCACCUCUGUUUCCCCUCUAUGGACUCAUUGACUCAUUGAGAGUUCCCUCAUGAUUUUUUAAAAUAUUUUCUUCUCAGUUAGUAUUUGUCGGUCGAUAGCCAUGCAUCCACAAGCAAGGCACUGAGUUCCUCUCCUUCCUAGCAUGUCAGAAGGAAACUCUCACAGCCAUUCACCAAGCACUGAACAUCAUCACCGCAUUUUUUUUUUUUUUUUUUUUCAUAUUAGCAUCCAAGGUUAGCGUUUACCGUUUGUCACUAUAUGGAAACAUCCAAACAGCUCACAGCAAAAGAGCAACAAUGUAUGUAUGUAUGAACAGCACAUUACUGUAGGACUGAAGAUUCAUGUUUUAUGUUUGUAUGGCAGGAAUGUCAGAGAAGGUUUAUCUUGUUUACAGUGUGUAAUAUUUAAGUCGAAAAGUUUGAGAGUCACGCGGUUAAAGGGACGCAGGCGUCUGCGUGUGUUCGUGGACUGUAUGUUUCUGUGUUUUUGAAGUCUUGUCAUGGCUAGAUAGCUGAUAGGUGUAUGUUAUCGUGCCUUCUUCUACUGGAGGCGGUUCUUUUUUUUUUUUUUUUCUUCUUCUGUAGCUGCUCGACUGUUGGCGCCUACGUGAACAAACCGUGGGCUGUCAGGUACAACUGCACCGCUACUGCCAAUGUGUACUUCCAUCUUUGUGAUCUGUUAACUUUUGUUUUUGAUACUUUGUUAAUUAAAAAGAAAUAUGUAUUGCAAAUUCUA